AUGUCGAUCGAGGACCUGACCAGUGGUGUGAGAGAUGUUAGUAUGAAUGACGAACCAGAACUACCGGAGUGUCUGUUGUUUAAACCUCAAAAAGACACGUUCGACAAUGUCCCCCGUUAUCUCUUCCGUGCCGUAUUUCCGUUUUCCAAAGGACAGACCAACGAGAGAUGGGUACGAUCAGAAGCAGCUUGCCAAAACAACCCGUCGUCGUUGAAAGAUAUCUUCUCUAGCUUCUAUGACGGGGAACAACAGGAUGUCGCUUAUACCCUCAAUCAGCACCUGCGCUGGUGGGAAAAGCAUAAGGCAAACGACAACUUUGUAUCAUGGACUAGCUCCUUGCUGUUUGCGCUUCAGUACAUCCAUUAUCGACAUAUAAAGGAUCGGUGCUCACUGAGUGAUGUCAAGCUAUAUGUUGUCGAUACGGAGCAGUUUGAAAGAGGGGCAUUCAUCCGGGACAAAGAUAUUAUGGAGCCCUUUCUCGGGCUUGACGAUCCUGGGUUCCGUUAUAAUCUUGAAAAAAUGUGGCGCCUGAGGAAUAAGCCCACUUGGUAUUUUGGCGAAUAUCUCUCUCAGGGAUCGAUGAAGAUCGCAGGCAAGUGCCAGGUUGUGUCCGCGGAAGCAGUCCUUGGAGAGAAUCGACUUGGCCAUGUACAACCUCACUUUCAGCAAAUGCCCAAAAAUCCGGAUUGGGCGAGAGAAGUUGAUUGGCUUCGCAAAUCCAUUUGGGGAAAUCCACCUCUAUCACCGCUCUCAUCAGAGGAAGUUCACGAUGCGAAGAUGGUUGUUGAACAGCUCACAGAUCAGUUUGAUCAUGGGUGGAAACUACCGAUGGCGAUCUACUUUUGGGCUUUGACUGGUGAGACGCUAUGCGACGCACAUCAGCCUUUCUUUGACAUCUUCGAAUCGAUCUAUCGUCUAGAAAAGAAAAAUGGACGGCCAUCACCAUUCAAAGUUAUCGCUCCAGACACCAUGCCGGAGUUGAAAUUCGUCAAAGACGUUGCCGAUAACUUCUACGGGCGUGCAGAAGCAAGAUACGCGAUUAGUACGUAG